AUGGCGAACCCAGCUGCCACGCAUGCUCCCUCUGGAAUUGGCGCCGCAAGCUUGACGAACGGAGCAGUGAAAUCAGAGGCUCCUGCUACCGGUCUCAGCAAUGGCAUUAGCAACGGCAACGGCAACCAUAAUGGCACCAGUAGCCACAAUGAGCCAAACCUGAACACUGCCACAGCCGCUGCAGUUGCAGCUGCAGUUGCAGCCGCUGGCGGCGAUGUCGAUAACGCGUCAGUCACCCCCCAGCCAAAUUCGGUUCCUGCUUCAUUUGAAACCGCAACUCCAGUUCCAGUCAUAGAGCUCCCUAGAAUCCCGUUCCCUAACUCGAGGCCAGACGUCGAGAUUCUAUUGAACCACUUUGCCAAAUUGGAAAACGCCAAUGCAAAUCCCUAUGAGAAGUUGGCCAUCUUGAACACUUUGAAACUAGUGGAUGAAAAAUACCAGCUCUCCAAAUUGAACGAAAAAGAGAUUAAGGACUCCUGGUCGUCAAAUACUGAGUUGGUGGAUAUAAGCCUCCUUCAGAAUCAACUUCUAGGCCUACAGAUGCUCUCCAAAGACCUGGACCUACCUACCGAGUUAAAUUUGGAGUAUUUCAAAUCGGGCAAUUCCAGUAUAACGAAAGAAAUCAAUGAUGUUUUAUCUCAUGCAGAAGACAAUGGGGGAAAGAAGGAAAUUCAGGAGAAAAAAGCAAGCAAUGCUAUUAUAUCACUACCUCUGGAUGAUUAUGAUGCAAAGGCUGAAAUGUUAGGUAUUAUACCUAACAAACCACUAGUUGAUCCAAGGUUCAAUGUGGUAGGAUCCCCAGAUAUGGAGGAUUCAAUAAAGCUCAAAAUAGACACGAGAAUCAAAGAACUGGAAAAUCUUCCUGCUAAUUUGGGGUCCUACGAUUUCACAAAGUUUGAAAAUGACCUCAAAUAUUCGAACGAUAAAAUACUGGAUAACGUCGAUCAAUUGAAGGUGGAUGCACUGAUCGAAUUGAAAGGUUUGAAACUGCUACCACUACAAAAACAGUUGAGAAAUCAUUUAUUAAUUAAAGCCGCAACAAAUACAAUCUACCAUGAUGAAAAUUUGAACAACUAUUCAAUUUUCAAAACGUGGAAAAGAACUUACUGUGUGCAUCCAAAGCAAAAAGUGGUGCAGACUGCUAAAUUGGCAGAAAAGCUACAGCAGCAACAACAACAGGAAAGAAAGAAGCUGGUUGAAAUUAUACACAAUGAAAACGUCAGGAAGCUGAUCGAAUUUGCAACUAAUUCUCAAAACUUGAUAGCUCAAAAUCAAAUGAGACGCUUUCAUCUGGGUAAAGCUUUACAUCAGUUCCACCAGCAGGCUGAACGUGAUGAAUCUAAGAAGUUUGAAAGAACAGCAAAGCAGAGAUUACAAGCUUUGAAGGCUAACGAUGAAGAAGCAUAUAUAAAGUUAUUGGAUCAAACGAAAGAUAAACGUAUUACACAUUUACUCAAACAAACCAACUCUUUCCUUGAUACUUUGGCUAAUGCCGUUAAAGUUCAGCAAAACGAAAGUAAAGUUUUGACCCAGCUUGAAAAGGGUGAAUUGGCCAAUAAUCCGAACGCACAAAAUGAAGAUGAAAAUCGUGAGAAAAUUGAUUAUUAUGAAGUUGCUCACAAGAUCAAAGAAGGUGUUGAUAAACAACCUGCUAUGCUAGUUGGUGGUACUUUGAAAGAAUACCAAGUGAAAGGUUUGGAAUGGAUGGUCUCGUUAUACAAUAACCACUUAAAUGGUAUAUUGGCGGAUGAGAUGGGUUUGGGUAAAACAAUUCAAUCUAUUGCGCUAAUCACCUACUUGAUCGAAAAGAAAACUGAGACUGGUAAAUUCUUGAUUAUUGUUCCUCUUUCGACGAUAACCAAUUGGACUUUGGAGUUUGAACUAUGGGCUCCUGAUUUAAAAACUAUUGUUUACAAAGGUACUCAGCAACAACGUAAAGAAUUGCAAUAUCAGGUCCGGAGUGGUGAUUUCACUGUCCUCUUGACUACUUAUGAGUACGUCAUCAGAGAUCGUCCGAUCUUGAGUAAGUUCAAAUGGGCUCAUAUGCUGAUUGAUGAAGGUCACAGAUUAAAGAAUACAGGCUCCAAACUUUUCCAAACUUUGACCACAUACUAUCACACAAGAAAUAGGUUGAUUUUAACCGGUACCCCUUUGCAGAAUAACUUACCUGAAUUGUGGGCUCUUCUGAAUUUUAUUUUACCCAAGGUUUUCAACUCUGUUAAAAGUUUCGAUGAAUGGUUCAAUACUCCUUUCGCAAACACCGGUCAUCAAGAGAAGUUAGAAUUAAGUGAAGAAGAGUCUUUGUUGAUCAUUAGAAGAUUGCACAAAGUUUUACGUCCCUUCUUACUUCGUCGUCUGAAAAAAGAUGUUGCCAAAGACUUGCCAGAUAAGGUGGAAAAAGUUAUCAAAUGUAAAUUCUCAUGUUUACAGUCAAGGAUUUAUAAACAAUUGCUAUCUCAUAAUGCACUCUUCAUCGGUACAGGUACCGUAGGUGCAACCAAAGCUGGUCUCAAAGGUUUGAACAAUAAAAUUAUGCAAUUGCGUAAGGCAUGUAAUCACCCAUUUGUCUUCGAAGAAGUCGAAACCGUCGUCAACCCAGACAAAGGUACUACAGAUUUAAUAUGGAGAUCUUCUGGUAAGUUUGAAUUACUAGAUAGAAUAUUACCAAAGCUGAAACGGACAGGACAUCGUGUUUUGAUAUUUUUCCAGAUGACACAAGUUAUGGAUAUCAUGGAAGAUUAUUUGAGGUUCCGGAACCUGAAGUAUAUGAGACUUGAUGGUUCCACAAAGGCCGAUGACAGACAAGAUAUGUUGAAAGAUUUCAAUGCUGAAAACAGUGAAUAUUUUUGCUUCUUGUUGUCCACAAGAGCUGGUGGUUUAGGUUUGAAUUUGCAAACUGCAGAUACUGUUAUUAUUUUCGAUACUGAUUGGAACCCUCAUCAAGAUUUGCAGGCUCAAGAUCGUGCGCAUCGUAUUGGUCAAAAGAACGAAGUCAGAAUCUUGCGUUUAAUCACUUCAGAAUCUGUUGAAGAAGUCAUUCUUGAAAGAGCUCAUCAGAAAUUAGAUAUUGAUGGCAAGGUCAUUCAAGCAGGUAAGUUUGAUAACAAAUCAAGUGCUGAAGAACAAGAAGCAUUCCUCAAGAGAUUGAUUGAGGAAGAGAAGGAUAAGGCUAAUGACGUUGAGGGAGAUAACUACGGUGAUGAAGAGAUCAAUGAAAUUUUAGCUCGUAAUGACAAUGAGAAAAUUGUUUUCGAUGAAAUGGAUGCCGACAGAGCACGGGAGGACAAGAUCAGAGGUACAAACAGAUUAAUGAGUGAUGAUGAAGUGCCUGAAGUGUUUAAAGAGGACAUGAGUGUUCAUCUUGAAGAGAAGGAGGAAAGUAGUGGGCGUAGGAUCAAGAAGAGAGUUGUUUACGACGAUGGUCUUACUGAAGAGCAAUGGCUUCAAGCAAUGGAUAAUGAUGACGAUUCCGUUGAAGCUGCAAUUGCAAGAAAACGCUCGCGUAUUGAAAAGCUUCGUAAAACCAAAGAGAAUAGAAGUGGAAUCUAUGAAGAAGACGUCCCUUCGAGGAAGAGACAAAGACUUUCUAGAGGUUCCACACCUACCAUCAAGGAGAAUGGAAAAAAGGCGACUGCCAUUUCAACUGGAAAACCGGCUCCAGCUGCAUGGGUACAACGGGCUUAUUCAAUGCUUGAUGAACUGGAGAAACUCACUGAUGAAGAUGGCAAUAAUGUUGCUGCCGUCUUCAUGAAACUACCUUCAAGAAAAUUCUAUGCAGAUUAUUACAAAGUUAUCAAGCAUGUUGUUUCGUUGGGUCAAAUGAGGAAACAGCUGGAUUCUAAGAAGUUGUUUACGUGGGAUGACUUCAUUGGUGAGGCCAAACAAAUGAUUACCAAUGCACAUACUUACAAUGAAGAAGGAUCGUGGGUCAUCAAAUGUGCCGAUUUGAUCGAUAAGCGGAUGAAUGAGCUUAUCGCACAGUGGGAAGAAGAAGACGCGGGCGUUGCUAGCACAAGCGCUGAGCCCUAG